AUGUCUGUGAGUGAGAAAGUUUCGUUAUCGGACGCUCUGAGCAAUGUGGAUGUGUUGGACGAGCUUACAUUACCAGAUGAGCAACCAUGUAUAGAGGCCGCUCCAUGCUCCAUCCUGUACCAGGCGAAUUUCGACACGAACUUCGAAGACCGCAAUGGCUUUGUUACCGGUAUUGCCAAGUAUAUUGAGGAGGCCACAGUGCAUGCUAACUUGAACGAACUGUUAGAAGAAGGUAAUGCUCAUGCGGUGAUGCUGUACACCUGGCGGUGCUGCAGCCGCGCUAUCCCUCAGCCCCGGUCCAACGAACAGCCGGACAGGGUGCACAUCUAUGAGAGGACUGUACAGGUGUUGGCGCCAGAAGUGGACAAACUGCUGCAGUUCAUGUAUUUCCAGCGAAAAGCGAUAGAACGCUUCUGCGGUGAGGUCCGCCGUCUGUGUCACGCGGAGAAACGGCGCGACUUCGUCUCUGAGGCGUAUCUGCUGACCCUUGGCAAGUUCGUGAACAUGUUCGCCGUGUUGGACGAGCUGAAGAACAUGAAGAGUUCCGUCAAGAAUGAUUAUUCGACGUACAGAAGAGCUGCCCAGUUCCUCAAGGUGAUGUCUGACAGCCAGAGCCUGCAAGAGUCGCAGAACCUAUCCAUGUUUCUGGCCACCCAGAACAAGAUCAGGGAUACUGUUAAGGAUGCUCUCGAGAAGAUCAACGGCAACUCGUUAUAA